GCCGGCGCCCCAGCGGGAGCGGAGCGGAGCGGAGCGGGGCCGCCUUCUGAAGUCGGAGCAGUAGCCAGUGAAUCAGCGGUGAACCUGUUGGAAGAGCCCACACCUGUAUUUUACAGCGCUUUGGGUGGAAACUGGAUGUGAAAAUGAAGCCAGACCGAGAUACUCUAGAUGAAUACUUUGAAUAUGAUGCAGAGGAGUUCUUAGUCUCAUUGGCCUUACUGAUAACAGAAGGACGAACACCUGAAUGUUCUGUCAAAGGUCGGACCGAAAGCUUCCAUUGUCCGCCAGCCCAGUCCUGCUACCCAGGGACUGCCAAACAUGAAUGCAGCGAUAAGCUGGCCCAGUGUCGCCAAGCCAGACGAACCAGGUCUGAGGUCACACUGUUGUGGAAAAACAAUCUUCCAGUCAUGGUGGAGGUGAUGUUGCUACCAGACUGCUGCUACAGCGAUGAGGGCCUGACUACAGAGGGUGCUGAGCUCACUGACCCUGCGAUUGAGCAGGAUGCACUGUUACUGGAAAGGUGGAUCCUGGAGCCAGUUCCUCGACAGAAUGGUGAUCGAUUCAUUGAAGAAAAGACUCUUCUGUUGGCUGUCCGCUCAUUUGUGUUUUUUUCUCAGUUAAGUGCUUGGCUAAGUGUUUCUCAUGGUGCUAUUCCACGAAAUAUUCUUUACAGAAUCAGUGCUGCUGAUGUCGACCUACAGUGGAAUUUUUCACAGACUCCAACUGAGCAUGUGUUUCCUGUUCCCAACAUUUCUCACAGUGUGGCCUUGAAAGUCAGCGUUCAGUCUUUACCAAGACAGUCUAAUUACCCAGUUUUGACCUGUAGUAUUCACACUAACAUUGGCCUUUAUGAGAAAAGAAUUCAAGAACAUGAACAUAAAACCCAUCUGCCCCACAGUCCUAAUGAAGCAGAACAAUACAGUCCAAACAGCCCUCCACGCCUGUGUAACAAACAAAUGUGGACUGUGGCCCCGCAAAGUGUGUUGCAUGUAAGAACUGGCCCAAGCUCAGAGUACACUGGGGCCGCCAGAAAUACCAAACUGUAUCCUGGCUGUGGCAGCAGAUGUGACUAUGGGAUGUCUCAAGCCAGCAUUCGGGGCUUUGGUGGCAUAGGAAGUGUGAAGCCUCAUGAACCAUCAGUGAGAACAUUGAAGUCAUUUUCAAUGGUUGACCCCUGUGUCUCUGGCUGCCAGAGUUCCCAGCAGUCUGGCGAGGCUAACCCUUUAAUAGACUGUUUAAUUCAGGACCGACAGGAAGUUAUUGCAAGAAUUGCCCAGCAUUUGAUUCACUGUGAUCCAAGCGCUUCACAUAUUCAGGAGUCUGUUCCAUUUAGUUCAAAACUUUGCCGAGUUUCACAAGAGAAUAAUGAAAAUACAAGAAAAUGUAAAGAAACAUUCUCCAUUUCUUUUAGUAGUCCAGACUUGAUGUCCUCAGAAGACACUAAUGAAGGGAAAAUUCAAGUAAAAUCAGAAAGUCCUCGAAGUGAAACUAGCAGUUCUAAUGGUAUCUACUCUCAUCAGUGUGCUGGAGAGACUAAUCCUCUGAUAGGCUCUUUACUCCAGGAGCGACAAGAUGUCAUUGCAAGAAUUGCUCAGCACUUGGAAUACAUCAACCCAACAACAUCUCACAUUCCCCGGCCACUAUUCAGCAAGCACAACUCCAAUUCCAUUCCUUCUAAAGUGUUUAGAAGUUCAUAUGAAGAAAAAAAUUUGUUACAGAAAAAUAGGGACAAUGUCCCUGUUUCUAUUUCUCAUACAGAAGUUUCCUGCUUAGGCGACAGCAUCAGUGGGAAAAACUCAGUGCUUAGUAAAUAUCUCAGUGCUUCCCAAUCCCAAGGUAAUAGAAAAAAAAGGGCAUCAUUAACUCCCCAAAUAAGAAGCCAGUGUCCUAAUAGUCCUAGGGAACCUACCCAAAGCACCUGUCAGGAGACACAGAAUAGAACAAGUAGCUUAGUAAUGUUCUCAAAUAUGACUCCUUGCAAUGAAAAUAAUGUAGACUUGGCAAGCAUAUUGGAAAAUAAAUCAUGUAAAUUUAAGGAGCAUGAAAUUGAUAAACAGUGUUCAAAUUACAACAGUAUAGACAAACAGGUUUGCACAAAUAAAUUCAAGGAGAAAAUAAAAAAUGAGAAUUUCAAUCUAGAUUCACUGGAUAAUCUCCAAUUUGACAAUUCCAGAACUGUUGAUUCAAAAAUAAAAGUUGCUAUGUUAGAAAUGUCCGAAUAUUUAAACAAGUAUGAAAAUAAUUGUUCAAAUAAAGACUUGAAAAAGCUAAAGACAUGUGAGCAAAAUACUGAACUUAAUAACACAGAAAACUGUCUCAAAAUAACUGAAGAUUUUAUAUGCAAAAAGUCAGACCAAUUAAAAAAUGAGGAUGAGAAAGAAUAUCCAGUUGAUGAAAAAUCUCCAACCUGUUCUCAAAGGAAAAGUGUCAAAGACUGCAUGUCUACAUGUAAGCAAGUGGACAAUACAGAGGUGUUGCACAGGGCUACUCUGAAACAUUCACCUGUCUGGCAAAAACAUCAUUUUCCUUCUUUGGAUGGAACUUCAACCAGAGCUUUUCACCCUCAGACUGGUCUGCCUCUUCUUUCAAGUCCUGUUCCUCAAAGGAAAACACAGUCAGGUUGCUUUGAUCUGGACACUUCAUUGCUGCACCUGAAGAGCUUAUCACCCAAAAGCCCUCGACCAUGUUUAAACAUUGAAGAAGAUCCAGAUACUCAUGAAAAGCCUUUUUUGAGUUCUAGUGCUCCACCUAUCACCAGUCUUAGUCUGCUGGGAAAUUUUGAGGAAUCUGUUCUGAAUUAUCGGUUAGAUCCCCUCGGCAUAGUGGAUGGUUUCACUGCUGAGGUUGGAGCCAGUGGGGUUUUCUGCCCCACACAUCUGACUCUCCCCGUGGAGGUGUCGUUCUACAGCGUUUCUGACGACGACGCUCCCUCUCCUUACAUGGGUGUGAUUACUUUAGAGUCCCUUGGUAAAAGGGGUUACCGAGUACCUCCUUCAGGAACAAUACAAGUGACCUUAUUUAAUCCUAAUAAGACUGUGGUGAAGAUGUUUGUUGUGAUAUAUGACUUACGAGACAUGCCCGCCAAUCAUCAGACAUUCCUGCGACAAAGAACCUUUUCUGUGCCUGUUAAACAAGUGAAGAGAAGUAUUCAUAAAGAGAACAUCCACCAUACAGAACGGCUGUUACGCUACCUCAUACAUUUGAGGUUCCAGAGUUCCAAAUCUGGAAAGAUCUACCUCCACAGAGAUGUGCGGCUUCUAUUCUCUCGAAAGUCAAUGGAGGUCGAUAGUGGGGCUGCGUAUGAACUCAAAUCAUACACUGAGUCACCAGCAAACCCCCAGUUUUCACCCCGGUGUUGAUGAGGAGUGACAAGCUAAUACAGUCACGCAGUACUGAAGAUUGAAUAUAAACAGUAGCUUAGAUUGGAGUGCACCAAAUCAACAGCCAGGAGAGUGGGUCCUCUCCUGUCGUCCUGGACCAGUUUUAUGAUUCCUAAAAUGAGAUCUGUAAUUCCAAGUGGACUGGAAACACAUCAGUGCUUCUGUACUGUGGAAACCACUUCAUUGGACAGUUGCAAUAGCAGAAUUCCCAGUUAGAGUAGUGUUUACACAUUUUAUUUCUGUUAUUUAAUAUUUAAUGUUUUCCUUAGUACUCAAGUGAUGUUUGUCUCUAGUGUUCUAAUGUAGCACAAAUCCUAUGUAAAAUCAUACCAUGUAUUUUUGACAUUAAUGUUGAAAUCUGAAAUAUAUGCACAAGUCUUUGAUUUUGUGUGGUGUGUUUUAAAUGCUGUUCAUUUAGGCUAUUGGAAAUGGGAAUGAAAUGUUGAGCUUCUUUAUGAUGAACGCACUAUGCAAGCAUGUGUACUUUUUAUAUCUCUGCCUUUAGUUUUGCAGCAGCCCACACCACCAAGCUGAGAAGGCACAGUGUGGACAGAGCUGCUUUGUGCUCUCCUUGCAAGCCCACAGCAUCACACCCAUUCUUACGCCUUUAGAAUUCCUUAUUCCCCAAACGGUUCUAUUUUUCCUUACUACUAUAGAGCUUUACGUUAGAUUGCUGGCCCAUGCUAGACAAUUUUCUCAAACUUAAAAAUAUGUACUUUGAAAAAAAAAUAAUAUUUAUAUGGCAAAUAUAUGCAAAAAAAAACAAAAAAAACUGUGUUUUUGGAUUUCUUUUCAGAUGAAUCGGGCAUUGGGCAGUUUGCAUUCUGUCUCCACAGCUGCCAAGGAGAGGGACUGUCAGCACUCGAAACACUAAGCAAGGCAGCCUGCCUGGCUUUCCUCCUGGCAUGUUAGAAGGAGCAAAGGUGGUUAGAUAGAUGCUGGUGCGGGGACAAUGGCAACAGCAGACUAAAAACAAGACAUCCUAGGAGUGCAUGGGUAGGAGUGGUGCUUUAUGCUGUAAUCCCAGCACUCCAAAGGCACAAAAAACAGCAUGUGUUGACAUUUUCUCCCUGUAUUUAUUAGGGUGGUUUUGUCUGUCCCCCAGCCCUGUCUGCUGUCACUCUGCUGAUGUCUCCAUGUGUGGUUCUUUCCCUGCACUGCCCAGGCUGGCCUUGAACUCAGUGUUCCUCCUGCCUCUGCCUCCCAAUUGCUGGGAAUUAAAGGUUGUGUCAGUGCAUCACAGUUUAGUGAUAUGCCAGUAAAAAUGACAGCUGCCAACAUUGCUACAUGUGGUUAAGUAACAGGUGUACUUGGCAGUUUUUUCACAUAAGUAAAGUGAGUCAUAGCAUAAGGUUAUGAAAAACCUUGCCAUCUGGAGCUUUUCUCAGAUGAGAAUGAAGGCAUUUAUGAGGGAUGAAAUGGAACCAACUUGAACGCAUCUUCCCCACUAGAUACUGAUUGUUCUACAAAGUAAACUAAGGGAAACUUUCAGUGAUUUUUGUCUUUGGGAUCAGUACUCAUUCCUAUUUUGUGAAUAAAGCAAUGAUUCUCUUUUUAA